ACGGAUCUUAUAUUUCACAUACGCUAUAAGUUAAGAGAUUAAAAUAUCAAUGUGCAGCAUUAGCAUAAAUGUGCAACUAGUGCAAUUUAAUAUGGCUUACUGAAUAUCAUUAUGUAUUCUUAACGAUUUAAAACGUAAACGAUAAGGGUUUUAGGACAAAAUGGAUGCGCAAAAAUCAGUCAUUAAACGACUCUUAAUUUUCACCAUUUUAAACUUAUUUAUUAUUCAUACUCAAGGAAAUAAAUUUGUAAGCAAUGGAACUAUUACAGGUACUAAGAUAUCUUCGUCAGGAGAAGUGUUUGUGACACACGGAAAUACAGUUGUUUCCUUCUCAGCAAAUCUUUCUGUUAAAGACAAUAUUCAAAUAGGUAUGACUGAGAUGUGUAAGUACGUAGGAGAUUAUUGCGUGUACAAGGAGAUUAAUGAAGUUUCGGUACUGGAUAUAGUGACCUCAACAUCCGAGAAAACGACGUUGCUGUUGGCUUUAAAGUUAGGAAACGGGAGCAUUUUUACUGUUUCAUCAUUUAAUAACAGUCUUAACGCAAACGUUGUGAAUGUUGACUUUGAAGAGUUUUCUGACAAAGCAUCGCAUUCGUUUGUAUUUCAAAUGGGAAAAGAUUCAUGGAAUGUGAUUUUUGCGAAAUCAGUGAACCUUUACACAUCUCGUGGAAGGUCAAGUCUCUUUGCCGUGUAUGAGAUAGGAAAAAAUGCAUCAUACAAUAUUCGUCUUCUUGAUAUCUACAAAUUGCAUCCGUCAUUCAAAUUUGAUAUUCUAUACGAGUUCAAAAACGGAUCAAACGCAUACUUUAUUGUGAAAUACUAUACGGAACUAUACCCUCUAGAUUCGUACACGUACUCAUUCAUCCGUUUAUCCCUCUCAGGGAAUCUCACUGAAUUACCAUUCCGAGUUACAAACGCAAACAUGUCAUUCGUUUGUGCAAGCCUAUUUGACAAAAACGACACCGACAAAACGCUUCUUCUCCUAUACCAAGACGACGCAAACCAUUCCAAUGAUUCCAUCCUUUACCAUGUUGCCCUCGGGUACUUAGACGAGGAGAUGAACGAAGUUUUGCCGGGAUGCAUGGAAGAAAAGCGUGGGGCGUCUCUCUAUUGGCUUAAUCGGCCUACCAGCUGCGCUCAAGACACUGCAUGUCCUUGUUACCUUAUGAAAAAACAUAGCGAAAUUUCAUCGUCUAAAAUCCUCACUCUUGCCCCCGCUACAUAUCCCGUAUUUCUUGAGAGUGAUGUGCUUGCCAUGGCUGUAGGCGAGGAAAAGCAAACCACGGUCAUUUUCUUCUUGCUUGAUUCAGGGGUCGUACAAAAGGUAAACUACGGCUUGUUUCCGGACAUUCUUGCCACAAUCAAAGUUAAAGAUACGGACUCGGAAGCAAGGAUGGACGUCACAAACGCUGCCCUGUGGGUUGUUGCAGAAGGACUUUAUGUCAGGUUUGGAAGACAGUUGAUCCUUUUGAACAUAAGCACGUGCAACAUGCACGGGGACUUUGCAAGCUGCAGACGGGAUACAAGUGCGUGUGUCUGGUGUUUGGAAUCAGACACAAACUCGGAGUGCGUGCGGAAAGAGGAAUGUAGUAGGGCACAAAUAAAUGAAUUGAGAGAUUCCCCGAGCGCCUCAUCCGUUAUUCCUCAAACAUCCUCACUGGUGCCUGGCUCUGUGUUCCGCAUACAUGGCGUUAAUUUGGACAUGGCCAAAAUGAUUGAUAUCGAUGUGGCCGGUGAACAGUGCCGUGUGCAACGGGAAACGAUUAGUUCCAGUGAUUUCCUCUGUGUUUUACUGACUGGAGUUCAGACAACUGUAAAUACAAGUAUGAAUAUUACCAUCGACAAUGUAACCAAGACGGUCAUUUUGAAUGUAUCACCACCAGCAUAUCUUAAACACGAAGUUAUUACUGUUAUUCCAAGUGGCGGAAUUCGAGUUACAAUAUGUGGCAACAAUCUUACUAGUUUAGGAAUGACCUAUGUCUUCUUUGAAACUGAAUCAGGAAAAAUUGUUUCUCGGGGAGGUGCCAUGUGUGAAGCAAGCACGAACACAAAUCUACAUUGCUUCACACCCCAGUUGAUUGGUGGCAAUGAUUUGGAAAACUCAACGGUCUACAUAUCUCAGGAAUACGUCCUUCGUACAAAUUUGUCAUAUCUUGGUGGUAUGAAUAAACCACAUGACGAGAACAGCCUUUAUGUGCACAUAGUCGAAGACCCAGUUGUAUUCGGUUUUGAAGUUCUUGGACAGGUACAGAAUAUAUGCGAGGUACCUUGGAAUGAAAAUGCAGUCACAUUUGUACUCAAGGGGAAAGGACUACUGAAUGUCAAUAAAGAAGACAUCCGAGUAAAAGGUUAUAAAAUUGGUCACGUGAACGUUUCCAAAGUAACAAAUGAGAGGCUGAACUGCUCAAUACACGCUGACGUGCUCUAUGACAAGCUAGGACACUUUUCUACAAGAAAGAGUUAUUGGGUGCACAUCAUGGUAUCAUUUGGAGACAAUCUAAUGUACCACCCUGGAAUCCUUCACCUUGAUUCAGACAAACUAUUUGAAGCAAGUUCCACUGUUCCAACAGAAUCAAUUGGCUUAACCAACUCAACAAAGCAGUCACCCCAUGUCGUCUCGGAAGGACACAGCUCAACAGUGAUUGCGGUCAUUAUGGUGGUGGUUGGUGUAGUUGUUUUAGGAUGUUUAAGUAUAUUCAUCUACAGAAAGGUUUCGAAUCGCUCCCACAGAAACAAAUUUAGAGCACAGUUGGACAGGGACCGUCCCUCCAUUGUGAGAUACCGCGGGGAGCGGGUGCAUAUAGAGGAUCCGGGCGCCCAGUAUAGUCACAGUCUCUCCAACGGAAAUAGUUCCUUAGACGACCUGCUUCUUUCUGACACAUUGGAAGAGUCUACUGCUAACCUCCUUAAAAGGUUUGAGGAUGAAAGUCUUCUCAUCAAAAGGGAGCUUUUGUGUUUGGAAAAACUCAUUGGAAAAGGCCACUUUGGCUCAGUGCACAAGGGUUCGAUGAUCAUUGAUGAUAUAAAAAGAAAAGUCGCCAUUAAAACUCUACGUAAGAAUGAACAGGCGGAAAUGAACGUGCCGCAAUUCCUGAAGGAAGCCAACGUGAUGAAGAAUUUUGACCACCCAAACGUCAUGUGUCUUCUGGCUAUUUGUUUCGAAAAGGAAGAACUACCUUUGAUUGUCCUGCCUUAUAUGGAACAUGGCGAUCUUUUGUCAUACCUUCAUGAUGAAGCUCACAGUCCAACCAUUAAGGACCUGGUAUCGUUCGCCCUUGACAUUGCUAAGGGAAUGGAGUAUCUAGCAGAGCUCAAGUUUGUACAUCGAGACCUCGCCGCAAGAAAUUGUAUGUUAGGCGAAAAUAACCAAGUAAAAGUCGCGGACUUCGGAUUGUCACGUGACAUCUAUGAGAGCACGUACUACACCACACACGCGAAGGGCGCCCAACUACCGGUCAAGUGGAUGGCUAUAGAAAGUUUGUCCGGCGGUAUCUUCAACGAGAAGACUGAUGUGUGGUCGUUCGGCGUCACGAUGUGGGAAUUGAUGACUCGAGGUGUUCCUCCGUACACCGUCGUAGACAACUGGGAUAUGGAAAGAUACAUCAAGUCUGGUCGGCGACUACCACAACCAAGAUACUCGCCCUCGCCUUUAUACCGACUCAUGCGCAGAUGCUGGCUGGAGACACCGAUCGAGAGACCGUCUUUCGCAGAUAUUCGGCAGUGUAUCUCAGGCAUGUUAGAGCGCGUGCAGCUUCGGCUAGGAAAAGUUGAGAAAGAGGCAGAUAUUGGGAAAGUGUAUGUGAACCUGAAUAUGGGGUCGCAGUAUGUAUACGCUAAUAAGGAUAUGGAGGGCAGUGUUGAUCAGAUUGACUCUGAUGAAGCAGUUGACGACUCCGAGAGGGGUGAUCUAAAUGAAACCAUUAACGAUUUAUUUGAAACAUGAGUGUAUAUACUUUGUAGGACUUGAACUUGCUCAACUACUCUUGACUUGCCCACAUAGCACAAUAUGCAACUGUUAUAUUUACCCUUUACUCUGUGGGCUCAAGACACUUCCAAAAGUUACACUCAAGUGUAUCAGUCAGUUCAAUCAACUCAAUGUGGAUAUGAUACUUUGCAGGAGCAUAAUAAUACAUAGUAAUAUAUCACGCGGGACGGUCGAAAUCAUGUCUUUUUUCGAAGCGCUUAAAUGUAUAUCUGAAACCUUUGCCAAAAUCCUUUAAUACAUAUAAAUGUAUAUUCGUUCUUGGUAUUAAUUUGGAUCAAAGUUAAAGUAAGUAUUGUUUACAGAUAAACAUUUGUGAACUUUGUAAAUUCCAAAUAUUGCGAUGUUUGUUUUUUGUAAACAUAUUCUCAUAUUAAUGUUUAAAUACAUAUUCUUUACAGAGAACAUGUUUGUGGAUUCCUAUAUUGAGUGUAUCACUAAUUCUUUUUCUCUUUCUAUAAUAUGUUUCUAUUUUACUCAUUUAAUUCAGAUGUUCUCGAUAUAAAUAUGUUCAUGUCAAUCGCAUGGAUUUUAUUCGUAUAUGCUGAAUGUAUUCUCGGAAUAAAUGAUAUAAAAAACGGUAUAUAACCCUAGAUAUUUUCAACAGUGUAGUACUACUUUUGGACAAAUCUCCGGUUUUCGGAUAAUAAAAGCAAAAAGAUCAAAUUUAUUCAAUUCUGUUUGAUCCAAAUACAUGUGCGAAUGGUACCCUUUAUAUAUAGCAUAACUACUAGUAGUUACAAACAUGUACGUACUCAUAAAGAAAAUUUUCAACAUACAUUAUAUCUUUAUUGUUCUCAAAGUUUUAAUUUCAAAAGCACUGCAUCCAUUCAAAAUGCCUUUUCUAUUAGUCCGUUCAAGUCCUGCGAACGGUUGGAUGAAGAAAACCUAAGUUACAACGAUCGGAUUGUUCCGCACUCCAAAAAACCAUUUAUAUAACGCAGUUAAACGACAAACUAAUCGGUAACAUGAUCGUAUUUAUUGCGAUUUAUUGUCAACUCACAACCAUUGUGGUCUUUAACUAGUCUUGAUGCUUGCUGUAGUUUGACAAGGGUGAGCUGAAGAUCGUUUCAAAUUAAUUAAGAUUAUGAGAAACCACCAUGAGACUAUCCUUUGGCUAAAUCUAUACAGGGACUCAUAUAUAUUCGGACAUAUUUGUAGUGUAUAUAAUCGAUGUGAUGAUAAACAUAUCCAUGUUAUUGUAAAUGUUGUUUUCGUUGACUUUAAACAGAAUAACAUUAAUGACUUUAUAGAUUUACGAGUUUAUUAUGUUGGGUAUUUGAUCAGAGUAUGUGUAUUCAGAGUAUGUUCAAUUCUAUAGAGCUGGUGAAGACUGAAAUGAAACUAUACUUAUAAAUCCUAGCCUUUAUUGUAAACUUUCUUUACGUUGACGAAAAAACAUUUGUAAUAUGUUAGUAUUUAGUUAUAAUUCGUAAAAAUAUUAAAAUGUAUUUAUGUUAUAUAUUGUUUUAGAUAAAGUUGCAAACCGCUAAAGAUGAACUUUUCCAUUUACGUGUUCUGUACUUGCCACAAUGUAUAUUGAUCUUUCUUAACGAAACAGACGCGAUAAUCUAAAUAAAAAACCCCAACACAAACGAUGUCCUCCAAUGUUGUACUUUAUAAUAAAUGUUUCAUUUACCAGUGUUUACAUGGUAAUAAGAUUAAUGAAAUAUACAGCGGCGACUACAUGUACAUGCACAUUUAUUGCAGUUUGAAUCGCUUUUGUUCGGAAUGUUAACAGUUCAAUUAUCUGAUGUUGCUGAACGCCUGUCUCGUGAGCGUUAUUUUAACUCCAUGUAUUUAGCGAUAUCAGGACAUAGUCUUCACUGAGUUAUUAUUGCAAUAUGCACAGAAUUGCUUUAAACUAUAUUUUUGAUCAUAACAUGUGUUUUUAAUAAAAAGCCGGUAGUAAACAUAAACAUGUGAUUAAAUAGUAAAAUAUGGUUUUCAGGAUCGCGAGGAUAACGUCCACUAAUAGUACAGUUGCGGUACACACAUUUUACUGAUAUAGAGAUGAGUUAUAAUGUUGAUGGAAAUUAUUUCAAUAAUGCCAUUAUAUAUAUAUUAGAUAGUUUAAAAAAUAUUAGUUUAAAACAUGCUUCAUCCUCGUUACAUUGAAAACGUUUUUGUUGUAUGUUUAUUGAAAAUGCAUUUCUUUCUUUUUCAGAUUGUGUUAUAUUGUAUUGUUAAUACUUUGUAUUAUGUAAAUUAAG